UCACGACGAGGAAAAAAAAAAAGCAGAAAAAAUGGAGCAGACCUUAAAAACUCCCGACAUAUGAGUAUUUACCUCGGGUGCGUACGGCCGCGACGGAACACAGCAGCUGGCUUCGUGUCGGCGGACAGUCGGUGCGGAGAGAGACGGAGACACACCGGGGAGGAUUAACGGCAGAGGCGGGGUGCUGCCUGCGACUAUCCGGAUUACCCACUCGCUGAAAAGGGAAAACAAGCGACGCUCCGUGGACAUUAGUCCGUGUGGAGAGGAUGAGGUGACCGCCAGGAAACGGACCAAAAGUGCUUGUGCUCGAAGUUGACCGCGGAGGAAACGGACCGCACCGGGCCUCAACGGAUAUUUACAUGUUGUCGUGUAAACUUCGCGGUGGAUGCCGUUUUAAAGCGGCGCAGUAGGAGCCGGAUUUCACCCAGUAGACGUUGAAUUCUCCGCCGAGCAAACCUCCAGCACACAGUCCACCUCAGAGCACCGCCACCGGAUACUACCACGAAGCAGACCGGUUGCUCGUGCCGAUGCCAACGGCAGACUGCAGGUUGCUCCAUCAUGGCCGGAUCAUGAGGUGUCUCACUUAUCUCCUCUUACUCCCAGAAACACUGAAGAAGUCCAAGAAGGUCGGCAAGCUCCCGGGCAAGCUGCCGGUAUGUUAUGAGAUCCUGACGCUGUCCCUGACGAGCAAGAAGAAGCAGCAGCAGAAGGAGAAGAUGGCUGCGGAGCUGUACCCCGCCGCCAACACCAACAACACCAACCUGUCCAACGGCACCACGGUGGCGGACACCGAGAAGACCAAGGAGGUGCCGGUGAGCCAGGCCAGCAGCAGCAGCGCCGCCACCACACCGACCACCCAGCAAAACAUCAACAACAACAACGUAGACCCGCCGAGCUGGCAGUGCAGCCACCCCACACUCAGAGAGAGGAAUGCCUUGAUGUUUAACAACGAGCUGAUGGCCGACGUCCACUUCAUCGUCGGCCCCUUGGGGGGGUCCCAGAAGGUCCCAGCACACAAGUAUGUGCUGGCCGUGGGAAGCUCGGUCUUCUGUGCCAUGUUUUACGGCGAUCUGGCGGAGGAGGAGUCUGAGAUCCAUAUCCCAGAUGUGGAACCUGCUGCUUUUCUAAUUCUGCUGAAGUACAUGUACAGCGAUGAGAUCGACCUGGAGGCAGACACGGUGCUGGCCACCCUGUAUGCUGCCAAGAAGUACAUAGUUCCUGCACUGGCCAAGGCCUGCGUCACCUUCCUGGAAACCAGCCUGGAGGCCAAGAACGCCUGCGUGCUGCUCUCCCAGAGCCGUCUGUUCGAGGAGCCCGAGCUGACGCAGCGCUGCUGGGAGGUGAUCGACGCUCAGGCCGAGCUGGCGCUGUGCUCUGAGGGCUUCUGUGAGAUCGACCUGCAGACACUGGAGAUCAUCCUGCGGAGGGAGACGCUCAACACCAAGGAGGUGGUGGUGUUUGAGGCCGUUAUGAGCUGGGCCACGGCGGAGUGCAAGAGACAAGGUUUGGCACCCACAACCCGCAACAAGAGAGAUGUCCUGGGCAAGGCGCUGUUCUUAGUGCGCAUCCCUUCCAUGACUCUGGAGGAGUUUGCUAACGGGGCAGCGCAAUGUGAUAUCCUGACACUGGAGGAGACGCACAAUGUGUUCCUGUGGUACACUGCGGCUAAAAAGCCAGAUCUGGACUUCCCUCUGACUGCGAGGAAGGGUUUGGCACCUCAGAGGUGCCACCGCUUCCAGUCCUCGGCCUACCGGAGCAAUCAGUGGCGCUACCGCGGCCGGUGCGACAGCAUUCAGUUCGCAGUGGACAAGAGGAUCUUUAUCGCUGGUCUGGGGCUGUACGGGUCAAGCGGCGGCAAAGCUGAGUACAGCGUCAAAAUCGAGCUGAAGAGACAAGGGGUGACCCUGGCGCAGAACCUCACAAAGUUUGUGUCGGACGGGUCGAGCAGUACGUUUCCGGUGUGGUUCGAGCAUCCUGUUCAAGUGGAGCAGGACGCGUUCUACACGGUGAGCGCCGUGCUGGACGGGAAUGAACUGAGCUAUUUCGGCCAGGAGGGCAUGACGGAGGUGCAGUGUGGGAAGGUGACAUUUCAAUUCCAGUGCUCCUCCGACAGCACCAACGGGACCGGAGUACAGGGAGGACAGAUCCCCGAGCUUGUGUUCUAUGCAUAAGCUGCUCUGGACUGCUGAUGGAAAAUUAGGUUUAUCCUCGCCUCCCAGCCUUCGAAGUAAUGUAGCAUUAAAGACACUUGAGUAAUGUCACACUAAA